AUGGCCGGGACCGUCGUCAACACCUCCGAGGGCAGCAAGUUCAAGCCGGGAGACGAGGUAUAUUGCAGAAUCGAGGCCAUGCGUCCGGGUGCUGCCCGAGAAUAUACCUUGGCGCGAGAAAUUGAGCUCGCCCACAAACCGAAAAAUCUCAGCUGGACCGAUGCUGCCGCUACCCCGCUGAGCGCCCUGACCGCUUGGCAGAGCAUCUUCACGCAGGGCAUCCUCGAGCCAUCCGCCAUCUUUGGUGACGAGGAGGCCCGUGGCAGGAAUGGGAAGAGACGAAUUCUCAUCACGGCAGCUGGAGGAAGCGUUGGAGGCUGGGCCGUGCAAUUUGCGGCCGCUGCAGGCACCGGUGGCAUCGUCGCGACUUGUCAGGGCUCCAAGGCCGAUGCUGUUCGCGCGCUGGGGGCUACGGAAACCAUCGACUAUAGGAGCCAGACUGUUGAAGACUGGGUGCAGCAAGAUCCAGCCGGGAGGGAGGUGGAUGCCAUUGCCGAUUGCAUCGGAGGCCCGUCAAUGGGCCAGCUUUGGUCGGCGCUUAAGCAAGGGGGCACGUUCAUGAGUAUCUCUGGAUCACCCAACGAUGUCAAGCCUGAGAAUUGCCAAAAGUCGGCGGCCAAGAGCGAGUUUUUCGUCGUGGAGUCCCUCGGCAGCGACUUGGCCAAGAUUUCUACCCUGCUCGAGUCUGGUAGCUUCAAACCUCUGGUGGAUAGCGUCAUGGAGUUUGAGCAGUUUCAGGAAGCUUUUGACAAGGUUGAGUCGCGAAAGACCAACGGCAAGGUGAUUCUCAAAGUCACAAUUUGA